CUCUCUGAGUCUGAGGCGCGCGUGUCCCGGUAGUUGCCGUGCGCCCGCCAUGGUCCCGCGGGAGCUCGGUUGCCUCCUCCUCCUGCUCUUCCUGCUCGGCGCCUGCGCGGUGUCCAGCUCCCCCGGGCCGGGCGGGACCUCGCCGCCCCCGGGCACCGCCGCCAACGGGACGGGGCCGGCCGGGAACCACAGCGACAGCGGGAUCCGGGGCCGGGACCUGCUGGGCGGGCGGUUCCCCGCGGUCCAACGGGCCUUCUACGUGCUCACCGGCCUCUGCGCGCUGGCCGCGCUCUACUUCCUGGUGCGGGCGCUGCGGUUGAAGAAACCUCAGCGGAAGAAAUAUGGUCUCCUUUCAAACUAUGAUGAAAAUAUGGAGUUGGGUUCUCUCGACAGUGAUGAAGACACAGUGUUUGAAACGAGAAAUCUGAGACGGUGAUGUGGGACCAAUGGCUCCAACUGCACAGACUGACCGAGAAGGUGCAAGUCCACCAGCAGAAUCGCCUCACCAGUUCUUGGGUUUAUUUUUUCUAACUGCUUAAGACUGACUGCUAGUUAACAGCACACAAUUUUACAGGUGUAUGGGGGAGGGAUCUAAACCUGUUUCCCUUAUGUAGGAGAAGGUGGAGUGAUGAAAUGACAAGUCCUACUGCACUAGGUGGUAUCGCUCACGCAGGAAGCUUUGUAACUCUCUUGAUAAUGAAAAUGAGACUACCUAAGGUGGGCUUUCGGUUUCUAACAUUCCUAGUGAUGGACUGAAGUAUUGCAGCCAUGUCAGCCGCCUACGAAAUCUAGUCAAUAUCCUGUAUACAUGUACGUCACACCCUCUAGCAACUAUUGCAAUGAAACUGAAGUGGUAUCAGGCGGUUGGAUUCUCUUGUAGCCCACACAAUGCUCUUGCAAUGUUGAUAUAGGAUUACUUUUUACUAAUUGCCUCCUCAUCAAGCGAUAUCAGUCUCUGAGGUCUGGAGCUAUCCUUUGUGUUAGGUAAUGGAUCUGUACUGUAUUACAUUACUUCAGCCAGCUGGAGAACGGCUGUGGGGUGGGGAGGGAGCGGGUUAAGUGCAUCAGUGUUCUUGCAGUUGCCAUUAGUGCUAAUGCCACAACCCAAAGAUGGAAGUGAUGCAGUGACAAUACAAGUCAUUACCUGACUUAGAGAAUGAAGAAAUGUGUUUACAGCUAAGAGAUGUCACUGGGCCAGGAGGAGAGUCUGAAGUAGUAACAGCUUGUUUGGCUAGACUGUGGGAUCAACACAUGUUCAGAUUCUACUCUUUUGUAUUGUUGCAAACCAAAGUAUCUGCAAAAGACCCCUUCGCCACAGAGGUGUUUGAUAUUAAUCUACCAAGCUAUUCGAUUCAGUACAGAUGGCAUUGCUGUCCAAGGUCGCCAGGCAUAAAAAGUUGGAAGUACUUGUCCCCAGUGCAACGCAUCCAAGAACAACUGUUGGCUGGAAGAAGCGGAAUAACCUUGAAGAGGAGUUGAAGCCGGAUCCCUAUCAACUGCAGAUCUUAAGCUGAGGCAGUGCUGGUUCAAAAAUAACUCUUCUUAUUUGGGGGGAGCAGUUUCAGUCUAUGCAUUAGUGCUCUGGGAUGUGCCAUGGAAUAAGCCCAGUGAGCUGCAGAAAUGUCCUGCUGUAGCCUGGUUGUGUUGAUGGUCAGUGACCCAUGGUGAAGGGGCCAUAGGUGAAUGUACUAGAAGUGUGCAGCAAAUAUCUCCUUCCCUGCACCCUCAUCAGGUACAGACCCCGCUUGUAUUCUGGUGGAAACUGUGCUAGCGGCAAUCCUGAUUAAAGCACACUUCUUGCAAGCAUGUGGCUUCAGUCACAGUGCAGGUGCGGGGUGCAGUUUAUUUGCAAAUGAAUGGCCAUACAGCCCUGCAAUCCUGAAGAUCCCACCUCUCCUUCAGGGAGAGGGUGCCAUUGCUACAAGAAUCCCAGCACACUCACCCUGUAAACUAGAAAAUCCCCUACUGGAGAGGUGCAGCUUUAAGGCUACAGGACUGUAUUUUUCUCGAUGCAGAUUGGACACUAUGUGAAGUAUCUUUGGGAGGGAAAUAAGGGAUAGCAGCUCCUUUCUUUCAGAAAUGAAUGCUGUCUUGUUAAUCAGGGAGAAACUGACCCGUUAAAAAAAGAGCAGGAAGGAGAAUGAUAAAAAUUGACAAUGCUUAAAUGCAUUUGCUACCAGCCUGGCAGUAGAAGUGAUCUCUGCGAGUUGAGCCAUGCUUUGAAGUCCUGAACCAAGCCAGUGUAGAGAGCAUCAUGUCCCUUGGGGCUAUCUACGCAACUGGCAGUAUUUCUCCACACCAAGGUGUCCUGAUUAGAAGUGUUGAUUUCCUCUACCACCCCAGAUACCCUAGCUCUUAGCCAUAGGCUCCCCAGCCUGCUGAAAGAGGUGCGUACUUGUUUAAGAUUGAAAAACAAAAUAUUUUUGAAAGGAUGACUUCUGUAUGAUCAAACAGCACCUUGAUAGUCACAGAUUUCAUCUCAUUUGUGUCUGUUCAUGUCCAUUUUAGCACCUUUGUGUGUUUAACUGAUGGAGAGAUGACAGUGUGCUUUCUGUGUUACCUGAGCACAGCUGGAAUGGCUGAGUUUGGCCACUCCUGGCCUUGGGUGAUGCAGAGAGUUCGCUUGUUUUGAUUCAUUAGAAUGGUGUUGCCUUCCACCCUCCUAGGGUGGUACUCCAUAAACACACUUGGUAAUGUUUCCUUAACCCUUCAGCUCCCAUCACACCUCUUUUCCUGUAAAGCAUCAUUCACAGGUCACUUAAGUCAGAUGCUGCAUUGCGGUCCAGUUAGUUAACUGUUUGGCUCAGCUCUUUAACUAUAAUGUUCAUCGGCUUUGCAUUAGCUGAGGCAACUUAUUUUUUCAUCCCUUAAGUUCUGCUUCUCUGUUGUACUGAGUGAGUUUGCAAUCUUUGAUUUUCUUGGGUCUGUUGGAAUGAACGGUUCUAAGACAGUAUUGAUUUUAAUGUGUUAACGGUUUAAUAAUUCUGGUGAAAGAAAAUGGGACCUAUUUUAUUUUUUGUGUGUAUAUGUGUGUACAUAUAUAUUUUUUUCAAUUAUUCAGGUACAAACUAGGGGCCUAUUAUUAAAAUGUUUUAAGUGGA